CGCGCUACGGAGAGAGGGGGCGACCAUAGGGCGGCGAGAGGAAGCUGCAAUAAACACACAGGGCGUCUGCGCCUAUCUAAGUAGGACAAUAAAGUGCAAACGGCAUCAAUGCGUUAAUAAUGGAUCUGCCAGAGAUGCUGCUUCUCAAACUUGUCCUCUUCGUCUACUUGCUAAACUCCACUCAUGGACAGUAUCGGAAUCCCCUCAACAAGUACAUCAGGCACUAUGAAGGCCUUUCUUACGACACAGAGGUUGUUCACAGCAAGCAUCAGAGGGCCAAAAGAGCACUCUCUCAUGAAGACCAGUUUCUUCAUUUAGACUUUCAUGCACACGGAAGGCAUUUUAAUCUACGCAUGAAGAGAGAUGCUACCUUGUUCACCCCUGAUUUGAAGGUGGAUGUUUCGGGAGAAGAAUCAACCUAUGAUACCUCUCACAUCUACACCGGAGAAAUCUACGGAGAGAAAGGUACCUUGGCUCAUGGCUCCAUCGUGGAAGGUAAAUUUGAGGGCUUCAUUCAGAGUUACCACGGCAACUACUACGUAGAGCCUGCUGAGAGAUACCUGGAGGGUAAAGACGUGCCUUUCCACUCCGUCAUGUACCACGAAGACGACAUACACUACCCACACAAGUAUGGCCCAGAGGGAGGCUGCGCUGAUAGCACAGUCUUUCAGAGAAUGAAGCGAUAUCAAGCCUCCGCUAUAGAGGAGCCGUCCAAGGCACAUCAGACUGGCAUUAAUCAUGCUGUGAUGCAGAGGAAGAAGAGGAUGGCCCAAGCUGAGAAAAACACUUGCCAGCUCUUCAUUCAGACUGAUCACCUAUUUUACAUGCACUACAAGACAAGAGAGGCUGUCAUUGCUCAGAUUUCCAGCCACGUUAAAGCCAUCAACGCCAUCUAUCAGGGCACAGACUUCCUGGGGAUUCGCAAUAUAAGCUUCAUGGUGAAAAGGAUCAGGAUCAACACCACCAGUGACGAGAGGGACAAGUCCAACCCUUUUCGCUUUGGCAACAUCGGAGUGGAGAAGUUCUUGGAGCUGAACUCUGAGCAGAACCAUGACGACUAUUGUUUGGCCUAUGUUUUCACAGACAGAGACUUUGAUGAUGGCGUGCUGGGUUUAGCCUGGGUGGGAGCCCCCUCAGGGAGCUCUGGAGGGAUUUGUGAAAAAAGCAAGUUGUACUCUGAUGGGAAGAAGAAGUCUCUCAACACGGGAAUAAUCACUGUGCAGAACUAUGCCUCCCACGUACCUCCCAAAGUCUCCCAUAUCACCUUUGCGCAUGAAGUAGGACACAACUUUGGAUCGCCGCACGACUCCGGUUCCGAGUGCACUCCUGGAGAGUCCAAGAGCCAAGACAAAAAAGAGAAGGGCAAUUACAUCAUGUACGCGAGAGCUACGUCAGGGGACAAGCUAAACAACAAUAAGUUCUCCAUCUGCAGUGUACGCAACAUCAGCCAGGUGUUGGAGAAAAAGAGAAGCAACUGUUUUGUCGAAUCUGGCCAGCCUAUAUGUGGAAAUGGCCUAGUGGAGCCAGGAGAGGAGUGUGACUGUGGCUACAGUGAUCAGUGUCGGGACCAGUGCUGCUAUGAUGCCAACCAGCCUGAUAACAAGAAGUGCAAAUUAAAGCCCAACAAAGUCUGCAGUCCCAGUCAGGGACCUUGUUGUACUGCUGAGUGCGCCUACAAAGGUCGCAAUGAAAAGUGCAGGGAUGAGUCGGAGUGCGCUCAUCAAGGCAUGUGUAACGGAGUGAGCCCGCAGUGCCCGUCAUCUGAGCCCAAGGCCAACUUCACCGCCUGUCACGGCGAGACUCAAGUGUGCCUCAAUGGAGGCUGCUCAGGCUCCAUCUGUGAGAAAUAUGGACUUGAAGCAUGCACAUGCGCCAGUCAAGAGGGUAAAGAUGAGACGGAGCUUUGCCACGUGUGCUGCAUGCAGAAGAUGAACCCCAGCACGUGCAGCAGCACCGGGUCGCAGAGUCUGGCUGACUUCUUCCAAAAGAAAGUGACCACCCUCCCAGCGGGUUCGCCUUGCAACGACUUCAAGGGUUACUGCGACGUGUUCAUGAAGUGUCGACUGGUGGAUGCGGACGGACCUCUUGCCCGGCUCAAAAAGGCCAUUUUCAACCCAGAGCUUUAUGAGAACAUUGCUGAGUGGAUUGUGGCCCACUGGUGGGCAGUGUUGCUGAUGGGCAUUGCUCUUAUCAUGCUGAUGGCUGGCUUCAUUAAGAUCUGUAGCGUCCAUACACCUAGCAGUAACCCCAAGCUCCCUCCUCCUAAGCCACUUCCAGGUACUUUGAAGAGGCGGCGAGCGCAGCAGCACGCCAACUCCCAGGUGCAGCAACAGUCGCAGCACAGCGGCCACGGUGCUCAUGGCGGUCAGCGACAAGCACAAAGGCAGCCUCAGCGGCCGGCACAGCACCAGCGGCACCACCGUCAGCAAAGAGAAAACUAUCAGAUGGGCCAGAUGAGACGCUGAGACCGCACCCAAACCUCCACCCCUGCCGCCAUACCCCCCCGCCCCCCAAUGCCUUGGCUCCUCCUUGUGCCUACUGUGGGAUAACUAAAGCGUCACUCCAUCCAAAGAAAAAGCCUGACAUGGUUGUUAGUCACCAACGUAUUUUCCAUCUUGACAAACACACCAAGAAGAGAACAUCCAGCAGCUUCCUUCAGGCUCUUUGUAGGAGUGGACCGUCAGCCAUUUGCAGCGCCGCACGAUCUGGUUUUUUUUUCCAUCUUCAUUUGAUAUGGUUUGAAAUUCAGAGGAGUGCCAAGGAGUUAAGGAAUCAUCUGUAGAUUUAGUACACUUUGUGAUGUGUUUUGGUUCUUUUGCGACGUCGUCUCUAGUGACACGCCUGUGGCUGCCGGUAAAUUUUUGUCCGUGCUUUUCUCGCGCCAUUCUAGCCCAAAAUGAAAGAGAAAGAGAGAGAGAGAGACACUCGGCAGGGGAGUGGCGGCACUUGUGUGAUUUCCACAUGUACAAACAGCAAAAGAGACAUGCUGCCGUCUCUAUUGUGCAGACAGUCUCCUGCAUGUGACUGUACAUAUUUUGUGUAUCAUAAGUGAAAACAAACUAUUUCUUCUACUGUAAAUGGGUAAUUCUUCACUCUUCUCUGUUUUGUUUGUUUUAAUUUUUUGGUUAGCGCUCUCAGGACUUUUAACACACAAGCGAAGAAAGAAUGAUAGUCGCUAAGAGCUCUGUGGACAUCGUCGCAGGCGAUCUGACUCUGUUGUCCAAUCAGGUGGAGCUCUGUCACUUUAGGUUGCUUGAUUCUGAAUUCAUUCAACAAAGUCACCAUACCCCUCUUUUUUUUUCUUUUUUUUGGAUACGUCUCCUUUUUACUGCUUCAUUUCUUGUUCGUGUUGCUUAAGCUCAAUGUGAGGAAGAAGAGACCACCUUGCUUUUUCAACCCCCCUUUGACCAGUUUAAUUUAGCUAUACAAAGAAUGAAUAACCACUAAAUGAACGUAUAUGCGAGGGUUGCUGUGGUCGAGUUGAGAAGUGAGCGUUGACAUGUUUGUGGAAAUAAAAGGAUUCAGUGGAUGUGUGUAAAAAAAACAACAUAGUCUUAAAAAAUCAUUCUAUUGUUCCUCAGAUAGCAAACUUUAGUGGGCAUGCAGUGGCAUUAACUAAAUGUGACUAUUCAUUGGUCUGUGACAUGAGUCAACACUUACUUUGACUACUUUUAAUGUGACAAUAAAAAGAAGAGGGGCUUGUUGAGACACUAUAUUCACACAACUUGCUAUUUCACCAUCCUGGAGUGUCUGUUUGCAUCAGCGUGCGCCAUCUUUAUGCACCUUUGACACUUGAUUGACGACUUUCUGUCCUCUAGGCACGAUCCAGUCUUCAGUAGGAAUCCUAGUUUGACGAUUACAAUAAAGAACAUAAUUUUUGCAUUUAAUAUUCCAUGCAAUGUUUCUGUCUUCAGUCCUGACAUGAGUGUAUUCUGUUCUGAGUGCAUGCAGUUUCUAAUCAUAACUAAUGUCUUAUACAAACAACACUGUUCCCAUGUUUGGAUUUCAAUCCCACGUUUUGCUCCGGAGAGGAAGUGAAUCAGGCUUGUGUGUUUGUCUGUACAAAACAAAAGUGCAACUUUAAAAAAAAACAAAAAACGCUCCAGAAUUGAACCUGUAAACUUGUACAGUACUUUGGAAAUUCACAUUUCAUUCCAAACUGAAAAUUACAUUUUGAUAACAUGCUGAUUUUUUUUUUUUUUUUGUGACAAAUGAUCCUCUUAAGUUAUUUAUGUUCUUGUAUGUGCUGGUUGAACUGGAUUUCUAAUAUUUUCCUCCACUGUCAUCUAUUAUACAAAAAACUGUGUGAUGGAUUUAAUGUAACUUUUUUUUUUUUUUUUUUUUUAAGUCUGUGUUACCCUGUGGCAUGGUUUGGCUAGAAGAGCAGAAGCUUAAUGCCUGUAAAUUUACUUUCAUUUUCAUUUCGUAGUCUUGGUAAAAGAUUUUAGAUGAACGUGCACUGCAAUGUCCAAAUGAAAUGUUGUAGGUGAUGUAGGCCGAAAGAACACGAGAUUAAAAAGUAAUACUACUGUCAUGAUUUUAAUGUUCACUGUGUUUUAUACAGUAUUGGAGAUUUUUGUUCACUUUGAACAUUUUUACUAAAAAAAAAAAGGAUUCCAAUUGUAUUGUGAAAAGAGAUGUAAUUUUUUGGAGUACUUGAAAUGCAUUAAACAACUCAUUCAAUAAAAUAGACCACUGUUUACUGUCA